AUGUUGUGUUCAUAUGUGCCGUUGAUUACCUUUUUGGUUUAUACAUUUUUACAUGAAUCUGUAGGAGAUGAUAUUGAUUGUGAACGUGCCAACACGCGAAAUAGACAUUCAAGUGAACUAAUGAUAGAUGUAAAAUUAGUCAAAUCAGACGAAAUGAAUCAAUGUUUUCGUAGAGGAGCAAUGAAUAACAAUGAAGCCGAUGAAUUGAAUACAACGAUAGUAUUGCAACGUUUUCACAUCAACCAAUUUAAUAGGGAUGAGUAUGAUGGUGUGAAUUAUGGAUAG